AGUUGGGGAUGGGUGGCCGUCCCCCGUCCCCCGGGAGGGGCGCCCGCACUUCUGCCCCUACUGCCUUGUCCCCAUCCCGACUGCACGUGGGUGCCGCCGUGCGGGUGGGCGCUCGGGCCCUGGACACUGCGGGGCGGGGCGGCGGCUUCUGCUCCCCCGGGGCUGGACCAGUUGGGCCCGUGCCGCCCUGCUGUCCGCCCCCCAGGCAGGGCCGCGGUAGGUGACGGGGCGCCCAUCUCGGCCCGGGUGCGGGCGGGCUGGGUGGCCCCGUCUGGGCUGGUCCGAGGCCCGAGCGGGCGGGCUGUGCGUCUGGGAACCCGGGGGGCUUGUCUGGAUGACGGGGGCCGGGGGCGUGUCCGGGGCGGUGUCUGUCGGGGCGUGUCGGGGGCGGUGUCUGUCGGGGGUCCAGGCGGGGCGCCGGCGCGGAGGAGCGGCGGGAGGGGGGGGCCGGCGGCGGCGGAAUGCGGAACCGGCGCGGGAUGGCGCGGGCGCGCGCGGGCGCCUAGCGGGGCGAUGGCCCAGGAGCGGCGGGCGGCGCUGGAGCUGCUGCAGAGGCCGGGCAACGCGCGCUGCGCGGACUGCGGGGACCCGGAGUCCUGCUCGGCUCUGGCUGAUGGUGGUGCUGGGGAUGGAACCUGGGACUUCAGAGCCUCAUGUAGGAGUCUCUUGCAGAACCCUGUGCUGUUUCCCCAGCCCUCUACUUUGUUAAAGUACCCCGACUGGGCCUCCUACACGCUGGGCGUCUUCAUCUGCCUGAGCUGCUCUGGCUUCCACCGUAACAUCCCGCAGGUCAGCAGGGUCAAGUCUGUGCGGCUGGACGCCUGGGAUGAUGCCCAAGUGGAGUUCAUGGCCACCCACGGGAACGAGGUUGCCAGGGCCACCUAUGAGCGCAGGGUGCCAGCCUUCUACUACCGGCCCUCGUCUGCAGACUGCACGCUGCUGCGAGAGCAGUGGAUCCGGGCCAAGUACGAGCGGCAGGAGUUCAUGCACCCCGACAGGCAGGAGCCCUACUCGGCAGGCUACCGGGAGGGCCUCCUCUGGAAACGGGGCCGGGACAACGGGCAGUUUCUCAGCCGCAAGUUCGUGCUGACGGAGCGUGAAGGGGCUCUCAAGUAUUUCAACAGGGCUGACGCCAAAGAGCCCAAGGCUGUGAUGAAGAUCGAGCACCUCAACGCUACCUUCCAGCCGGCCAAGAUUGGCCAUGCGCACGGCCUGCAGGUCACCUACCUGAAGGACAAUAGCACCCGGAACCUCUUCCUGUAUCAUGAGGACGGCAAGGAGAUGGUAGACUGGUUCAACGCGCUGCGGGCCGCCCGCUUCCACUACCUGCAGGUGGCCUUCCCGGGGGCCAGCGACGCUGACCUGGUGCCCAAGCUGUCCAGGAACUACCUGAAGGAAGGCUACAUGGAGAAGACAGGCCCCAAGCACACCGAGGGCUUCCGGAAGCGCUGGUUCACCAUGGACGACCGCAGGCUCAUGUACUUCAAAGACCCGCUGGAUGCCUUCGCCCGUGGGGAGGUGUUCAUCGGCAGCAGAGACAGCGGCUAUGCGGUACUGGAGGGGCUGCCGCCCACCACACCAGGCCUGCACUGGCCUCACGGCAUCACCAUCGUCACACCUGAGCGCCGCUUCCUGCUGGCCUGCGAGAGUUCGGCGGAGCAGCGAGCCUGGGUGCAAGCCCUGCGCGGCGUGGUGGAGCGGCCCAUGCUGCCCCAGGAGUAUGCAGUGGAGGCCCACUUCAAGCACAAGCCCUAGCGACACAGAGCAGGGACGCCAUGGAGUUGCCCAUGGCCGGACCGGGACCAAGCCGCUCACCCCCACGCCACUGCCCAUGUGAUCCCGGGCCCGUGCCAUCCAACACGUAUUUAUUGACUGAC